AUGAAUUGCAGCAGUCCUAUAGAGUCAUCCACACCAAACUUUGGUGGGUUUGCUGUAACUUUUGGAAUAUCCGUUGGCGUGCUUUCUGUGAUUGCAAUUGCUAUUCUGGCUUCCUACUUCUGCACCAGGAAAGCAAUACCUGCAGGCCAUUCUCUUCACGAUGGCGCCUUGUCCAUAGAUGAUCAUGACUCGGUCAUUGUAGAAAUAGGCCUGGAUGAAGCCACUCUCAAUACCUAUCCAAAGCUGCUUUAUUCUGAAGCAAAGGAGAAGGUCGAAAAGGGUGAUGAUUCGAUAGCUGCUUCGAGUUGCUCGAUUUGCUUGGCAGACUAUAAAGAUAGUGACUUGCUGCGGCUUUUGCCUGAGUGCGAUCAUAUUUUCCAUACACAGUGCAUUGAUCCAUGGUUGAAGUUGCAUACUACUUGUCCUAUAUGUCGAAAAUCGCCUGUCGGAACGCCAAGCGAUGUCACCAGAACAGCUUCUGUGGCACCCCAGAGAGCGUUCUUUGACACAUGGUUUGUAGAGUUUAUGCCCUGA